AAACCAUUGGCCGUCGAAGAUCAACUGGCACGGUACAUAUUUGACACUGCACAUUGUUUACAACCACACAUUUCUACUCCUCAUUAAUUUCUUCCAUCCACACACAUCUUACCUCAGCGACACCAUUGGCCUCUCUCAAGCCUCGAAAAAUCCGUAAAAAUGCUGGGCAAGGUCAUCCUUGAAGAAGCCUUUGCCCUACCUCGCCUUGAGGAAAAGACAAAGUGGUGGGCGGGGCUCUUUGCAACCGACCCCGAAACCCACGUCAAGGAGAUCCAAGACUUGACCGAUAUCAGACUCAAGUUCGCAGACAAGCACGGCGUCGGUUAUACCAUCUUGUCGUACACAGCACCCGGCGUACAGGACAUCUAUGAUCCCCAGGAAGCCCAAGCGCUCGCUGUCGAGAUCAACGACUAUGUAGCGGAGGCGAUAAAGCCAUUUCCCGACAGGCUCGGGGCAUUUGCUACCCUCUCCAUGCACAACCCUCAAGAAGCUGCCGACGAGCUCCGCCGCACCGUGACAAAGUACGGCUUCAAGGGCGCCCUUGUCAACGACACGCAGCGCUCAGGUUCAGACGGCGAAGGCUACAUCUUCUACGAUGGGCCCGACUGGGACGUGUUUUGGUCGACAUUGGUGGAGCUCGACGUGCCGCUGUACCUGCACCCUCGCAAUCCCACGGGCAUCGUCUUCGAAAAGCUCUGGAAGGACCGACAGUGGCUGAUCGGACCUCCCCUCUCCUUCGCUCAAGGCGUGGCUCUGCACGCCCUCGGCAUGGUGACCAAUGGCGUCUUUGACAGGCACCCAAAGGCGCAGGUCAUCCUGGGCCACCUGGGCGAGCACAUUCCGUUUGACAUGUGGCGGAUCAAUCACUGGUUCGAGAACAGAAAGAAGCCGCUUGGUCUGAGCUGCAAGAAGACCAUCAGGGAGUACUUUAACGAAAACUUUUGGAUCACGACGUCGGGACACUUUUCCACCACUACGCUCAACUUUUGCGCGAGCGAGGUCAGCGCGGAUAGGAUCUUGUUCUCGGUGGACUAUCCGUUUGAGAGGUUCGAGGACGCGUGCGACUGGUUUGACAAUGCCGAGAUGAACACGAGGGACCGGUUGAAGAUUGGGAGAGAAAACUCCAAGGCGCUGUUCAAGCUAGGGGAAUACAAAGAUUGCAACGCAAAGGUUAUUUAGACAGCUGAGGUAAUACUGAUCACAUCGGUUGCCUUUUCCGAUCUUUGAUCCAAAUUUGUGGUCGUGGUGUCCAAAUUGAGAUUUUUCGAUUUAUGCGUACAAGGUUACGGGGUAUGAUAGAUGUCCUAAUAAUAGAGUGUUUGACUCUUAA